AUGGAUGGCAGAAGACAGUUGUCUAUAUCAAGAUCUGGAAGAUUGAGGCAGGCGAAUAAAAAAAGGCAUUCAUUAACUUUGGAAUUGUAUGGAGAUACUAUAGAUAUCGAUCAAAUUAAAAAACAUACACACGUCGAGUACCAUGUCCACGGUCCAGCAAGCAACACAGCUCCUACAACUUUUGAUGGCAACGACAACAGGCUCGAUGACGAUUCUUCCAUCGAAGACAUGAAAACAGAAAAUGUAAUCCGAACCGGACAUUCAUUUGAAGUCAGUCUAGAGAAGAAAUUAAACGCCCUUGCUUUGGAAAGUGGCAAUAAGACUCCUGAAGAGGAAAUAGAUAACGCGUUCAAUGUCAUAGACAAAUCAUAG